AUGACUGAGAAACCCGAUGUCACGGUAGCCAUUGAUCUCGGUACCACUUUCACAGGUGUUGGCUUUUUGUUAUCGAAUGGAACAAUACACACUUUCAACAGCUGGCCUGGAAACAACAACACUGGCGAGACCAAAGUUCCCAGCCGCCUUAUCUACAACCAUGACAACACUGUAUCUUCUUGGGGCUUCUUCUGUAGUGUUUAUGACGAACCUUUGCCGCCUGGCAAGAGGGAGCAUCGCCUCUUCAAGAUGUUCCUUGAUCAAGACACCUGCGAGGAGGCGAGGAAAGCAGGCUUGGCGACAGUCGCAACCACUGCAGAAGCCGUAAGGUGCGCUACAGACUACCUCCGGGAGAUUUACCGCCACACCAAGAGCACUUACGAGGAGAUGACAGGAACAAGCUGGGCCAACUCAUCUGUCACCUUUCUUUUCAGCGUCCCCACGACAUGGAGAGGCAUGGAUGUGAGCAACACGUUCAAAGCCACCAUCAGAUCCGCUGGGUUCGGCACCGAAGGACCACGCCACUUGGCGCAGAUCGACCUUACUGAGGCCGAGGCCGCCGCAGUCGACACUCUCAAGAGCGGUGUGGUCAACUUCUGCGCUGGAGACAUAUUCCUCACCAUCGAUGCUGGCGGCGGCACAACAGAUUUUUCCUUGGUUCGAGUUACCAAGGUUGACAACGGAAUCCCUCAGAUGUCGCAGAUUGCCGAAGUCAGUGGAAUCGGGAUCGGCUCGACUCUCAUAGACACCGCUUUCGGGAACCUCGUCGAUCAGCGUCUGGCUGAAAACCCUGACGUACCAUUCAAUAUCGCAGACGGCCUUGCAGAGAAAAUGAUGAGGAGCGCCAAAUUCAGAGCUGUCAAGCACCUUUUCGGCGAUCCUUCGUCCAUUGCCCAAUGUCACAAAAUCGAAAUGCCCGGGGUCUCAAGUGACUUCAGGCAUGACAGGCUCCGGGCUGAAGGAGGGUGCAUGAUUUUCGAUAACAACGAGAUACAAAGCCUUUUUGAUCCUCAUGUCGAACACAUCAUGACAAAGAUACGAGAGCAGCUGAACUGGAUGGUGCAGAAUGGGCGCAGUGAGCAAGUGUUCACUCACCCAAAUGCUCGUCAAGUCAGAGUCAUUGCCAGCAAGGACCCCCAAACUACCGUUGUGAAGGGGCUUCUCCAAGACUACAAGCAGAAGAUGGAGACUGGAAACAUGCCAGUUCUCGCCACGUACAUCGCGAGAGCGAGCUACGGUGUUGUGGUCCGAGAACCCUAUAGCCCUGAUCGUCACAUCGGCGAACAACUGGAACAGGAUCAGUUUGAUGCGAAUCAAACAUGGGCUGUCAACCAGAUAGAAUGGGUCAUCCGCAAGGGAGAUACGAUCGAUCCAACUGCUCCGCUGACGAAGCAGUUUAUAAGGCGUUUAAGCCCUGGCCAAACCGCGGCGUCAUUCAACACCCAGAUUGUCACUUCCAGAAACGAAAUCAAAUUCCUCCCUCAAAUAUCAAUAGGUGGCGUGAAAAAGCUCUGUCGUGUUGAGAGCAACCUCACUGGCCUCAAGCCGGACGAGCUUGUUCUGAUGAAGAAGCGUGGAGGCUGCUUCCGCCCAGGCUACAAGUACUACAAGUGCGUCUUCGAUGUUCGUGUCAUCGUGGCCCCGGCCGACCUGCGGUUUGAGCUGUGGUUUAACGGCGUGAAAUUCUCUCGAGGUCAUGAACCUAUCAAAGUUGAGUGGAAUUCAAGUUGA